AUGCCAAGUAAAAAGAAAAAAUAUAAUGCCCGUUUUCCAGCCGGUCGAAUCAAGAAAAUUAUGCAAACUGACGAAGAAGUUGGGAAAGUUGCACAAGCGGUGCCAAUUAUAAUCUCUAGAACAUUAGAGUUGUUUGUGCAUUCCUUGCUUACAAAAACAAUGCAAAUUACAAAUGCCAAGAAUGCCAAAACUCUAAGUCCAUCUCAUAUGAAGCAGUGCAUCUUGUCUGAAAGUCGUUUCGAUUUUUUGAAAGAUUUGGUGAAGUCGUUACCAGAUAUAUCAGGACCCGACGACGAAGUGCCUACACCACCAUUAACACCCGCUCCAAUAACUUCAAAUCCAUUGAAUACAUCUGUCUCUACUCCUGCAUUGAGACAUUCUGAUGUAGGACUUCAGAAACAACAAAUGGGAUUAACUGCUGAAGUAAAUAUAGAACACAAAAAUUUGAAAGACAAUGGUGGAACAGGAAUGUAUAGUUAUUCGAAUGUUGGUAACCAGGCAGUUACGAAUACAUCUGGCUCUCAAGUUCCAGAAUUUCAGAUAUCUGUGCCUGCAUCGUUUCAAAUUAGUCAACCAAAUUUUUAUACAGAAGUUAAUCCUAUGAAUUUGAGUACAAAUACAUCCAGUGUAAGUGCGAGCAAUCAACCAACAUCAAAUUUCGCUCAUACUGCCAAUCUCGACGAAGAUUAUGAUACAUAG